AUGCUGUUGACGACAACAACGCCGCCGCCAUUGCCGCCACCACCAUCACCAACUGCUGGUACUGUCGCUCAUGCUGGUGCUGCUGGUUCUGCUCAUGUUGAUGAUGAUGAUACUUUCAUCUGUGAAAUUCACGAUGUCGUCUAUGGUAAAAUAUAUCUACCGCCAGAUGUCACAGUUAUUAUACAAACUCCACAGUUUCAACGUCUGAAACAAUUAAAACAAUUGGGACUGCUGAAACUUAAAAAUGGCCUGGAGCAAAAACACAAUCGCUAUCAUCACUGCAUUGGGACCUACCAUGCAGCUGGUUUAAUGUUGGAGGCUUUAGAAAAGAAUACACCAUGGUUAUCGGAAAAUAAUAAUCGGAUACCAUUGUUAUAUCGUCAAGCUGUCCAGAUUGCUGCCCUCUUACAUGACAUUGGUCAUGGGCCAUUUUCGCAUACAUGGGAACGUAUUGCACAUAAUUAUGAACACGAGAAGAUUGGAUUUGCCUGCGUUGAUGAAAUAUUUGCCAGUAUUGAUGAAACCUUAUUUCCAGAACUCAGAGCCAAUAAUAAUUAUGGUAUACGCCUGAUAAAGUCACUAAUACAAGGAAAAAUUAAAAAAUUGCCAUCAUUCCAAUUAGAACUUCCAAAGAAAUAUCACUUUAUAUUUGGUAUUGUCAGCAAUGAACAUUAUAAAAUAGACGUAGACAAAUGGGACUAUUUGAAACGGGAUCAUUAUUAUUUGAAUGAGAUAUGCAGUCCCAAUAUGGAUUUUGAUGAUGUCUUCCUUAAGGCCAAAGUAUCACAAUGUGGUGAAUAUAUUGAAUAUCGUUAUGAGGAUUAUAGACGAAUCUAUAAUCUAUUGGCGGCACGUUGGCAUUUUCAUCGAGACUGUUAUCAACUGGCCAGUAAUUUAAUAUCCGAUGAAAUUUUCCGUCUAGCCAUAGCGGAAACCAAAGCGAACAUUGAUGGUGUCGAAAUUGAGGAUAUAAAUGCUGAGCAUGAUAUGCCGGCAUUUUUAAAAAUGACCGAUGAAAAUGUUAUGCGUUUAAUUGAUAAUCAUCCAUUGAGUACAUUGCUGACGAGUGAUACGGAAUUUCAUCAAUUGAAAGACAAUGAAGAAUUGCAAGAAGUGAUUUCCCAAACGAAAAUUGAUAUACCCAGUGUUACCUCGUUUAUAGACUGUGAUAUUUUCCAAUUUUAUGGUACACCACAAGACAAACCGGUAGUUAUUGAUGAAACGAAAAACAUUCGCUGUUUUGUUCAAUUUAACUAUGAUAUAAGGUAA